AGUGCACGGUUUGGCUUCCCCAGAACCGGUCAACUCAGUUCGACGCUAGCUGGCAGAGGCACCGGCUAAAUUAUCAACCAAGUUUGGUUUUUCCCUAUGUCAUUCUGGUCGGGUCUUUGCCAGGCCAUGCUGCACCUCCAUCAAGCCAUUUUGAUGCAUUGAUGCAACGAAACUCUGUCUUGAAAUAACUUUUCUGGAUGUGAAUUGCAAUAUCUCGUUAGCGGAUUAUGGCUAUAUUUCGGAGCUUUUCUUGUACUUGGAUUGCAAUAGGAAUGUGCUGUUACUAUUUUACUGUGUGAUUAGUCAGUCGAAUUGGAGUGUUACCAUUUGAUUUUUCUCCUGUUCAGCUGAUCCACUCACUUACUUCAUUUUCAAAUUUGGAUUUUAUUCAUUUUGUGUCAUUCACACCUUUGGAGUAAUAUUCUUUGUUUAAAAGAAAGACGUCCGUUACCAUGGAUACGGCUUUGCUACUUCUCGUUCUCCUCAACCUGAUUGCACUCACAUUCCCCGCAGCUAUUCCGCCCAGGAUUCCUCGUUUUCUCAAAGACAGAUUGCAGAUCACACACAAAGAAUACAGCUACCUCAUACGCAAUGGCUAUCUCAGGCCGCGGAACUACGAGUUCACCUUCGAGGCCGAGAAGGAUAUACCAGUCGUGACGGAUGCGAUCUCGAGGUUCCAAGAGUUCUACAAGCUACCAGUGACGGGGGAGCUGGAUGAGAGGACCAGGGGUGUGAUGUGGGAGCCGAGAUGCGGCUAUCCAGACGUAGGGGAGUCGUUACAUAAUGAGACGGUGGAGAACAGGGCGGGGCAUCAUCGUGUUCGGCGGUAUGACAUCGCAGAUGGACGCUAUAAGUGGGAUUCAAGUCAAAUAACGUACAGCCUAGUGAACUUCCCAACGCGAGGCGGCAUCAAACUCUCCGAUCUACGAAACACCAUCAAACGCGCCUUCGAAGUCUGGAGCGACGUCACACCUCUCGUGUUCACUGAACUCCAUGGUCACGAAGUCAACCAGGCGAUGGUCCGUAUCGCUUUCAUGAAGGGUCGUCACUCGCACGACCUCGAGCACCCGAUCUUCGAUGGGCCCAACGGCGACCUCGCGCAUGCCUUCUCACCGAAGAGCGGAUGGGGCGAAGUCAACGGCGACAUCCAUUUCGAUGACGAUGACGUGUUCACACUUGGAAACAAUGACAGAGGAUAUAACUUUUUCCAGACGGCAGCUCAUGAGAUAGGCCACGCCCUCGGCUUGGAUCAUUCGAAUGACCCGGAAGCUCUUAUGUGGCCCCACUAUCACUUCAUGAGGGACUUUGAGCUACCCGACGAUGACAUCAGAGGGGUUCAAGCUCUUUAUGGACCUAAUCCCAAUCCACCAAAGCGUAAACGUAAAUCACGAAAACAUAGCAAAAAGAGAACGAAGACCAGUCCUAGGGUGCCCAACGUGAGAAUAGACCAAGGUCCAAGACCGAAAUCAACUUUAGUCCGACAGCCUUCGAAGAAAUCAUAUUGCACGUCUGGGUACAGCGCAGUCACUUCCAUUAGUGGCAGUAUCUACACAUUCAAGGGUAAAUUUUAUUGGCGAUCAUGGCGUCGUUUGCUCGUCACUCCUAAGGAUGGUCGUAAGAUCCAUGAUAAAUGGUACCACCUGCCGGCCAACAUCAGGGCAUCGUAUCAGAGAAGAGAUGGCAAGACCGUCUUCUUCAGAGGUGCCAAAUAUUGGGUUUACUUCGGCUCUCAGAUGGAGCCUGGCUACCCACGACCGGUGGCCGAGCUAGGCCUACCCAAGGGCGUGGAUGCCGCGUUAUCGAAGACCAAGGCUAAGACCUUCUUCUUUAAAGGAGACCAGGUCUGGAGAUUCGAUGAGAGGAAGAAGUCAGUGGAUAACGGAUACCCUAAGAAGAUUGGAGAGGUCUUUACUGGUCUCGGGGAUAAAGUCACGGCAGCUUUCCAACAUGAUGAUGGAAAUUCUUACUUGCUACGAGGAAAGAAGUACUAUCGUGUAGCAAAGGGCAAGUACGAAGUGGAUCCGGGUUACCCUCGUCAUUUUACCAGCGAUUUCCUCGGAUGCGCGUCGGUUACGGCGUAACCAUAGCAACAUGGUACCUCAACAAGCCCCUGAUGUUGCAGUAAUUUCUCAACGACACGCAACGAACUUUCAUGGUGUUCCUUAUUGAUAAAAGACACCACUGGCUGUAUAUCAGUACCGUAUUUGUGUAUAGCUAUACUUUUUCAACAGAUGACCAAAAUCUAGAUGGAGUUGAAAACCAUGACAUGUACACGAUCCAGACGACAGGUGGCGCUGUGAUGAUUCAGAAGAAUCUCCGAUUUGAUUUUCAGGAAGCUUUUAUAAUGGAGUGGACGCAGCCUGAGUGGACGGAUAACACGGCGGGAUUAUCUUUUGACUAUUUCUCAAAGUGUCAAUUUAUGUUGUUUUCUGACUAUUAAGAUUACAAAGGGUACUCCUAGGGGAAAAGAACAUAAACAAUUACAAUUUUGAUGCUCACUUGAAGUAUCAUGACUGGAAGUCCAAAAUAUUUUCUGAUGCGAAAGAAAUCCUAAGAUUCUCGUCUCCAUUUUUUUUUUUUUUCUAUUUUGUCAUCAUAACAGUAGGCAAACUCAUUUUUUCCAAGACGUAUAGGCUGAAAAGGUUGUAAAUGGAGUUGUUGGAAGCGGAUUUGUUAAGUCACCCUCCGAAGGGUUCCUGGGAGCGUGAAUUGUUUGGAAAGUUCUCAUUUUAAGAUUAUUAUCAUCGCAAGGUAAUGUACUCAAAGCGGACAUUCCUCAAUUGAAGGCAGAGUAUAGAAAGUGUACCAAGAGGGUAGGAUUUUAUUUAAAGAUAUAGGUCUUAUGAAAUAUGAUGGUCCAGUAAAAGUCCCAAUGUUUUAUCUUCCCCGAGUCUUUUUUUUUAAUUUAUACUGUUUUGUUUUCUCCUUACACCUUCACGUUAUUCUAAUUCGUUUCAUUUUCUUCAAUUUAUUUUCUUCGCGCUUCUUUUUUCCCUAUUCAUUUCGAUUCGAUAUUGUUUUGAAGCUCGAUAAAAAAGCGCACAUGGAUAUACUUCUGAACCCUACUAUAAUUAUGUACAAAUCUGUUGUAAGAAUUGCAUAUUGUAUUCUGUCCUUGUAUUCACAAUUACUCCGGUGUGAGGAGGGCAUUGAUCAUUUUAUAUAUACAGUUGAAUAAUGUGUUUUUAUCUGCGCGUUCACACGUAGAUUUGAUUCUAUGAAUCAUUAUUUUAAACUUGCUUGAUCACGUUACAUGUUAACAAAAACGUAUUAACGUCUGUACAUCGCAGUAUCGCACAUACAUGUAAAUAAUGUCUUAUUUAUCGUUCAUUUACCGCUGGCCAUACGAUUCAACAUCUCACAUCUUGUUCCGUACACGUCUGAACACAAUAUAUGGACAGCAAUCAUGAUUCAAAUCAAGUUGCAAUUAGAAUCACGUGAUAAAUCUAUGUGAGAACACGCACUUUGUCUCUUUCAUUAUGAGAACACAUCGAACAUAAGUGAGAGGAGAUUUUUAACAGAACUAUUUUGUAUAUAAGAUGUAUAUAUAGUUUCACCUUGUUCUAACUAUGUUUUGUUAUAAAAGCGGUCGUUUUAGGAAAUAAAUGAUAGUAUUUUUACUAUGCUGUUAUUGAGGGAGAUGUGCCAACUGUAGAAGAAAAAAAAUACAAAGCGUUCUUUACUAACGUUUUAAGAUAUUGUGGAUAAUUGUUUGUAGAUGUAUUUUAUUAUAGCAUUAUCCGUCUCUACUUAUCUAAAUACAUGUAUUAAAGUUACGUAUUUACCUCAUUCUCAAUAGUAAUAAAUAUGUCUUUGUCUUCCUA